UACGAAGAUGCUUGUAUCAAAUGAUUUGUACUAUAUAAGUAUCGUAAACUUUACACGGUGUAUAGAACAGAAAGGUUCUAAGCUCCUACUUCGCAAAUUGCCUGACAAUCGCACUAGCCGUGAAACUCGGAAGAGCAGCUUGGAACCGUCCUGUUCUACACACCAAAUAGCGUUUACAGCUGUGCGCCUUCACGGCAUCGAGCACUUUAUAACAGACCGGAAACAAAAAUGUUUCAUAUCAUAUGCUAAGUAUUUAGAUUAUGUCGUCAAGGAGAAAUAAAAGAACGAAACCAGACAGCGCAUUGUGACUUAUGCAGCUCUCAUUACAGCUUAAGGUACUAUUCAAUUGAGUGUGGGGUCAAUAAACAAUGCAAAAAUAAAAUUAUUUGAAAACAGUACAGUCAAAGAAUUAGAUUUUGCACCAAAAUCUAUAAAGGAUUGUGAACCUAACAAACUCCUCAAAGUGUAGUUGAAUGAUCGUCAAAUGACAGAUUGUUUGGAGGGGUAUGUUUUUUUCAAAAUAGGUACAUCGACACACAAGGUGCUAAGCAUUUCACAUACUGCGCUUGUAUGAAAACUGUACAACCGAUCAAUAGAGAGAGCUUCAGAGCUGUUGGAGGGAAUGCUAGGGGGUUACAAUCACCCGAGUAUUGUCGUAGAAAACAUGAUAACAUAAUGUCAGAAAGAAACACAUGAUGUUGAAAAGUAGAUCGUGUUAUUUUCAAAGAUGCUUUUUAAUUUUAUUCAACAAAAAAUACCCAACCAGUGUACUGCUCUUUGGUAGACAGAUUCUACCUGGGACGGAUUUCUGGUGCUUUGUGGUUGCAAAUUUUCAUGUUUUAGCAUACUUCAAUCCAGGAAUAGACUUUUUCUGCGCAAUAAAAUGCAAGUUUGAGCGAUGCCAAUGCCGAAAAAUGCUGAUAUCGAUGCCUGUUAUAAAUGAUGCAUAAUCAAGACAAACAUCAGGUUUUAGAUAAGCCACGAAGCUCAACACCUUUAGCCGUUGUCGCAGUAUCAAAACUUGCAGAUAUCUCCUUAAUUAUUUGGGAUCAAUAGCUAACAACAUAAAAUGAAUUUUGGUUGAGACGAUUUUGGUUGCAAUAGUCAUCUCAACUUUAUUGCUUCUUGAAAGGACAGAUUGGAUUUACGAGAUAUACGCAUGAACUAUCGUUCUUUAUACCCAUGAACUAUUCGAAGAUCUUAACAUGGCUUGGGUAAACACUGUUUGUGACAAGCGUUGACAGAUCAAGGUAGAAUAUUCUGGCAUGAUGUCACUUCUAGUACAUCGCUUACCCACAGUGAUUGCAGCUGAGAGUUUUAUUUUACUGCCUUGCCUAUGACAAGGCCUUGUUACCUAAAUAUAUAUUUGAUAUAGAGGCAAACACAACCUAUUUGCAUUGAUCUGGCUGUGAAACGUUUAUACUACCACCAGUAUAACGUGCCUGUGAGUGUACCUAAUAAUUCACGGAGAUUUUCAGCAAGAUGCAUGGAUUGAUAUCUAUAAAAUCUAAACGGCUGCUUAAAUAGAGGUGCUUUGGGAGGCUGUUACUUUUUCAAGUAAUCAGUAGGAAGAAAAUGGGUAACAAUAAAUAGGGUAGUACUGUGAAGAGCAAAUAGCUAUGUCUCUAGCUGCAAGGAACAGGAAGAACGAAGUACAUACAUCCCUCUAAAGAAGAACAUAUGAAUUCAGCUAACCGCUACCUUCUUUAUCCAGCAACUUUUACUUAAGGACUUCUUAGCCUAAAAAAUCAUACAUAUUUUGUAUUAAAGGGCAUUUUCCCUCAAUCACCAGCUUUCAUGAGGGUACAGUACAGGCCUAUUGUGAGGCAUCGCGAGUCUAAAACAUCCUACAACAAAAUCUUCUAAACAAGAGAUUCUUAGGUUUUGCAUUUCCUAUAUGCAUGAGAUUAUAACAAUUUAUUUCCUACCCUUUACACGAAAUCAGAAGGGCAGAAAAGAAUGGUUCGAUCUAAUCUCUUUCGGCUAUUUUUGCUCGUUGGUAAAGCAAAUAGCUUGUCUAUAAUUAAGCAUUCAGUCGGGCACUAAAAUGAUAUCAAAGUAUACAGCCGGGUUGCUCUACGAAAAAUCUUACACCACCUACUUUAUUUUUAGCACAGCCCCUCUAACCCCACCACCCCUCCAAGUCUUUCAGUAAGCCAUUGCCUUUGGGAUAUUUGAUAUGUUCGGGGAAGCACUCUUCUGGUCUCCUUGAGCAAAGAUGACGCUGAGUUGGAGAGACUUCAACGCAAAAUUUUGACCCCCGAAAAAUGCAAAAAGAUUCUGGUCAUAAGUUCUACCGAAAAAUGGUUUUACAUGCUUUGUAUCACAUACAUGUUGCGAGAAACAAGCGAGAGAAACCAGUACUAUUGAAUUUUUGGUAACCUAGUAUUUUCACGGCUCGAUGAUCAUCAACAAAUAAUCGACUGAUCAUGUGAAAUCCGAAAAUUGGAGAUUUCUCGGCACAAGGCAAGCUUCUGCCUAGCAGUAACGUUCAAAAUUGGUUUGUUUUUAAUUUUCAGACAAUCACGCGCUCAUUUAAAUCUUCCGAUAUCGGCCUCCAGACGACCCGCGUUCGCAGGCACUCGUACCCUUGCUCACUUCAACUUUCUUCCCCUAAAUUAGACCCCCUUUCUGUAUUCCAGGCAAGAGCUUUUUGCGAUAGUCUUUGCUGUUCACAUAAAAAAAUAGAACGACGAAAAAUGUUUUUUGGCGAUACCUCUUAAAGUUACUUUCGUUACGUCAAUUUUGUAAAGCUUUGGUUUCACUCCACAACAAGAUUUAAUCUGUCAAGAUUAUUAGAUUCGAUCAAAGCUGAUAUCUCGAAUUUGACGUGGUUGAUUAAUUAACCUUGGGAGACCAUUGGCUGAAGCCCGAUCAAAACAAGGUUGUAGUGACGUCAGAUUAAUAUGAGUUCUAGUAAAAUUUCGUUUAUUUUACGAUGUAACUGACGUUGGGACGGUGAAUAAAACACAAAACUUUAAACAGAAUCAUUUCGUUGGCCUACCAAUUAGUUGAGAUUAUAAAAAGGCUCAAAAUAAAGAAGAUAGUGCAGAUAAUAUCAAAGCAAUAAAAGAAAAAUCUGUGAACACGAUGUUCAGCUCAAUGUGAAGAGACCUAUCCUCAUUUUGAUGACAGUUACGCUAACUCAUUAGCUAUUUCACAAAAAGUAGAGAUCAAGCAAAAAGAAUGGACCCCGAUUCAAUUGAACAAUUGAUGCAGACGGAGCAUGAGCAACGGCCAGUCCAAAAGCUGCUUCGACUGGCUGCCUGGCUGAGGCAAGCAACAUGCAUCUUUGCACAGAUCGAUAAUGAGAGCCUGAUUGGGAUGAUCAAGUUUGCAACAUUAUCGUGGCAUAGACCAGAUUACGUUAUAAUUCGUCAAGGCGAGAUCGGUGAUUGUUUCUAUGUCAUCGUACGUGGAUCUGUUUCUGUAUAUGCGAGACCAUCAAAGAGGAAAACUCGAAGAGAGGUUGUAGCUGGUGAUUUGACAUACGCACGUGGAAUUCAAGAUAGAAUGCGUUUUGGAAAUGAACUCGCCCAACUUAAUUCUGGUCGUUGCUUUGGCGAAUUGUCCGUCCUCAAGAAAGAUGGAGAGCGUAAUGCCUCCAUUAUAACAGACGAGCAAACAGUAUUAAUCUGCUUCAAACGGAAAAUAUUCUUACAAUUCGUUCACGAAAAAUUUGCAAACGAACUGCUGCGGAAGUCUGGCUUUGUACAAACAAGCCCAUUAUUCAAGAAAUGGCCCUCAGCGUAUAAAAACCUGUUAACUGAGUGCCUACAAAUUCGAAACGUUGACUUUGGCGAAACAAUUAUUGAGCAGGGAGAUGAGGUUAACUCAUUAUAUUUCGUGUUAAAAGGACAGGCAAAACUAUGUGUUAAUACAGAAAAGCAUUUAAAGCAGUACAAGGACACAAUGCCGAAACAAUUCAGCAAAAUUUUAUGUCAAUAUUACGAGGACGACACUGACGAAGAUGACGACAUAUACAAGUUUCCUGUUUUAUUAAAACGAAGGCGCAAAGAAAAGGAAGGAUUCUUUGCAACCGAAAUGCGAGCAAGGCCUAACCUAGAUAUCUGUGUUUUGAUAGGAGAAAACGGCUUAAUUGGUGACCUCGAAGCGGUGUAUGAUCUUCCAACAUACUCGGCCUCGUACUACUGCCUCGAAGCAAUAACACUGUACGAACUUGAUCUGUCCAGUUUCAUCCGAUUGAUAGUGAAAAAGAAUCCGGACACUUUCGAAACGAUGCGACGUAUCGCCGAGGCAAAACUUAGAUUCAGAAACAGUUCAAUCAAGGGCGGUAUACCACUUUAUGCUGCGUUGCUGCAAUCAGAUCUACAGCGAAAGACUGAAAAGCUAGGGCUGCCGAAACUAUUUCCACGUCUUCUGGUGUUAAAGCAGAAAAAGGACGAGAAGAAAACGCAGGCGAUUCAGCAAGACAAAAAUGAUGACAGAAGCAAAUUGAAUUCACGAUUGCAAAAGGUACGAAUGAGCAUCAACCCUGCCACAGGAGAAGUUAUAGUUAAAACUACAGACGACUCGCGGAACUCGGCGAUGGCAUGGGAGGAGAACAGGCGGAGGCAUUCGAUAAUACAACGCGAAGGAACACGCGGAAAGAUUCUGCCACUUCUGAAACAAAUGUUGCCAAAUGUGCAAGAAGGAGAAGAAAGCCAAGGUUCAGCGAGCAGCAAAGCCUCGCCGAUCGAUGAUAACACGAAAUCUGGUAGCGACGAUGUUAGAAAGUUUGUCAAGUUACAAAAUGCGGCAAUGGCAGCACAAAAUUUCAAAAAGGGGUUGAGAAAGAAAGAUAGUAACAAAGAGGACCAAGCCCCACUGGAGCAAUAUAAAGAUCUGAAGAAAAAGAUGCAGUCAUUGAGCCGGACCACUCAAAGAGUUUCAUGGACUGGUUAAUAAGAAACAUGUAUGAGAUCAAGUUUAAGCCAUCAUGAAACACAAACAA